AUGCAGCUAGAAAGUAUUCUUCCCAGCGCGUCUAUUAAUUUACCCAAGAGCUUUUACAAUCUUUCUUCUUCAGAGAGCACAACCAACAGUCCGGCCUCAACGCAGAUCGAGUUUCAGGACGUGGACCGGACCGAUUCGGAGCAAAGUAACGGUCCCAAGAAAUACUUGAGCAGUGGGGGGAACGCAAUGAUGGGCGAGGGAGAAAGUGACACCUUCUCUGGGAGUAAAUCGGCUCCAGACGGACGAAAAGGUUCCCCCGGCACCGGUGAAGAUGACCUCUCCAGCGGUCGACGAUACAACAUUGAUGAACUUGGCACUGAUAGGUAUUUUAUCUCGUCACCGACUCAGCCGGGCUCCGACGUGGCGAACCCAUGUUCACUCUUUCCUUACGGGGGACAGACUGGUACAGUGUACAGCGGCUCCAACGGAUCCAGGUAUUCAACUUCCCUGCAUUACGGGUCAGUCUUGCCACCCACUGGGUUUUCGUCUGCUGUUUGCGCCGGUCGGAGUCAGUUCACCACUGGGUAUCAAUUCGGGCAGGGUCCCGGUUGCCUCUACCCCUCGUACCCUGGAGCAGGGGCCGGUUUAAGCUCAAUGCCACUUCCCGGCACCCCCACAGGGACCAGAGCUCAAGUUUAUUUGUGUAACCGGCCGCUAUGGCUCAAGUUUCACCGUCAUCAAACCGAGAUGAUCAUCACCAAACAGGGCAGGCGAAUGUUUCCGUUCUUAAGUUUUAACAUCACUGGACUGAAUCUAACUGCACAUUACAACGUAUUUGUGGAGAUUGUGCUCGCGGAUCCUAACCACUGGCGAUUCCAGGGCGGGAAAUGGGUCACUUGCGGGAAAGCGGACAACAACAUGCAAGGAAAUAAAGUGUAUGUCCACCCGGAGUCUCCCAAUACUGGAGCGCACUGGAUGCGACAGGAGAUCUCCUUUGGCAAACUCAAACUGACUAACAAUAAAGGUGCAAACAACAAUAACACACAGAUGAUUGUCUUGCAGUCUCUGCAUAAAUACCAGCCCAGACUUCACAUCGUGGAGGUGACGGAAGACGGCGUAGAAGACAUGAGCAAUGAGGCGAAGACCCAGACGUUCACCUUCCCCGAAAACCAGUUCAUCGCUGUCACCGCUUACCAAAACACAGACAUCACGCAGUUGAAGAUUGAUCAUAAUCCGUUUGCUAAAGGGUUUAGAGAUAACUAUGAUUCAAUGUACACGGCUCCUGAGAGCGACAGACUGACGCCGUCUCCCACCGACUCCCCGCGUUCCCACCAGAUUGUGCCUGGAGCCCGUUACGCAAUGCAGCCUUUUUUCCAGGACCAGUUUGUAAACAACCUUCCUCAGAACCACCGUUUCUACGCCAGCGAACGCGCUGUUCCACAGACCAACGGUCUGCUCUCCCCCCAGAACGAAGAUGCCACCGCGGGCUCGGCGGGCGCCCAGCGCUGGUUUGUCAGCCCCGUCCAACAGACUGGCGCUCCCACCAAACUGGACCUGUCGUACGAGAGCGACUACUCCGCGUCGGGCCUGCUGCCCUACGGCAUCAAGCCCCUGCCGCUCCAGACGCCUCACGCCCUGGGCUACUACCCCGACUCCGCGGCCUUCGCCUCCAUGGCCGCCGGCUGGAGCAGCAGCAGGAGCUCUUACCAGAGGAAGGUGACCACGGGCCUGCCCUGGUCCCCACGCCCCAGUCCCCCGGCCUUCGCCGACGACCAGAUCACGGCCGGCAAAGACAAGCUGGCGGAGGAGGGCCAGAGCACGGGGCCGGCCGGCGGCGCGGCGAGCUGGGUGGACACGCCUCACGCGUUGAAAUCCGUGGACUCGGGCGAUUCGGGGGUGUACUCAAUGGUGUGUAAGAGGAGAAGGCUGUCUCCAGGAGGCUCCAGCACCGACGCCUCGCCGACCAUCAAGUGUGAAGAUCUGAGCAGCUCUGAGGAGUACAAUAAGGAUAACCCCAAAGGAAUGGGUUACUAUGCUUUCUACACUGGCCCAUAG